AUGAAUGGGCCGCGCCCCUCAACUCGCGUGUUCCUCUCCGAUCUCUCAACUCUACAGGCGGACUCGAAGAUCCGCUUUCUUGGCUGUGUGACACAUUAUACCAUCACUACCGGUCAUUUGAUACUCGAACACAACUUCCCCCGCAGCAAGAUAGCUCCACCCUCUGUAUCUGUUGAUAUCAAUGCCCUUCUUGAGGAUCUGAUCGCCGAAGAGCUGCGCGUAGGAACGUGGCUGAAUGUUGUGGGCUAUGUCAGAGAGUCGGAGCCAGUACUGCCGCCAUCUUUACUCUCUUCGACUCCCGAUUACGCGAAUCGGCCGAAUCAGAGGCUUUCCGGGGUGCGCGCUCGUCCGGUGUACAUCGAAGCAAUUAUGGUCUUUUCGGCGGGUGCUAUUGCUAUUGGGGAAUAUGAGCGAAUCCUUUGCAAUUCUCAGCAUGUCGAACGGAUGAUGCACUUCACCCACUAA